AUGUUAUUAAUUUCUUUCAUCAUCGCACGAUACUUUCCAGCCAUCCAAUAUUUGAAAGACAAGCCAGCUGGUUCUUUUGUUAUUCGCAACAGUGCAACCUACCCUGGAGCUUACGGGCUGACGUUGAAGGUGUCUCAGGUGCCAGAUAAUGUACCGCUGACCACUGGUAAGCCUUUGAGAUACCAACUUGUUCGACAUUUCAUAAUCGAACCAACUGCAAAAGGAGUUCAGUUGAAGGGCUCUCCAGUUGAACCCGUCUUCGCCAGCUUAUCUGCUUUCGUCUACCAGCACACAAUCACCCCACUCUCGCUGCCUUGUCAGUUGGUUCUACCAAAUAUCGAUGGUACGUUAGAUGUGUGCGUUUGUUCUUUUUUUAAAAGUCCAACAGCAUUUUUGUUGAUGUUACAAACAGAUUGCAAUGUGCUGUACAUCGAUAGUUUGGAUAUGGAGAGCUUGACGGGACCAGAUGCCUUGCAGAAAGCACUUGAUGUCAUUUUUGCUAAGGGGUCAGCCCUUCCAAAGACAAUUCUUGUGAACAUAGCCGCUUCGUCACAAGGCAUCACCGUUACUGAUAACGAGCGCAGAAAGUUCUUUCGAUACUCUUACCCACUGAACAGCAUAACUUACUUGGGAUUAGACAAUCAGGAAGACAAAUGGAAAGUCGCAGAUUAUGAUGGUCAGGCCAGGGCAUGUGGAAGAGUAUUUGGAUUUGUAGCGAAGAAAUCAGUUGGUGGAACGGAUAACGUCUGCCACAUGUUCGCAGAACUUGAUGCCAGGCAGAACCCUGCGCAGACCCUCAUCGAGUUCAUCACCACCAUCAUGAAGAACGAAGGCAGGCAAGUGACCAGGACGUGAAUGCAAGGUACGACCCACCCAGAGAACUGGUUGAAGAGGAGCGACAUACAACGUGCCAAUCAAUGUAGUAGUGUUCUCGUGACUCCAUCCAUUGCAAUGGGAUGAACGAUUGUACAAAUAUUUAUUCAUUCAUCUCCAUUCAUUCGCAACUCCUUGAUGUAAUUGGAAUCUAUCCUUUUGGGACUUUCGUUUUGUUUGGUUUUCAAUGCAUUUUUCUCAAUUAUCUAUAAAUAAAUAAAUUAAUUAAUUAAUUACUUUCCUACGUUUCUAACAACUGUAGAUUCGUAUUUCUCCCAUUUUUUUUAUCAUGUUUCAGUUAAUAUAACAUCAACAAAUGCUACUACUAAUAAUAAUUGUAAUUAUUAUUAUGAAAUAAUAUUAAAAGUUAAUUAUAUCGACACAAGUUAACAGAGGUUAAUUAAUAUAACAUUAGACGUUUAUCUCAAGUGCUUCAAUUCAUGAUGUUGAUGGGUGUAUGUAUGUUUGGAUGUAUGUUUGUUUGUUUGUAU